GCUCCUGUGUUUGGAUCCUGUAUUUCGGAGCAGGUCCUGGAUGUGGAGGCUCUUUCCCCAGCCCCUCAGAGCCCCAAAUCAGAGGAAAAGGACUCUGUGGAAGACAUGAAAGAGAAGAAAGCACAGGAAGAGGAGGAGGAGAGGAGGAAGAGAGCUGAGGCUGCAGAAAGGCGCAAGAGGCAGGAUGAAGAGAGUAAGACGCAGGAGAAAAGCAAGACCACUCCUGACCCUCUGGAAGAGCCGAGGCAGCAAGCUGAACCAAGCCUGGAGGAGAGGCAGGAGGAAGCAGACAGAGGCAGGAGGCUGCAGCGCUCGGGUGGAGAGCGGAGGCCAGGCGUGGAGGGAGGAACGGCUCGGGAGGAGAGGCUGCCUCCUCAGGACUCUGUGGAGGAGCGGAGUCAGGAGUCGGAGAGGCAGCUGGAGGCAGAGCGAUGCAGAGCCCUGCAGGAGAGGCUCAGGAUUCUCCGAGAGGAGAUGGGGAGAGAGGAGGAGGAGCAGGCACGUGUCCUACAUCAGGAGAAGGAACACAAACUCAGGGCGCUGAGAGAGACGCUGAGAGAGGAAACGGAGGAAGAGGAGGAGAGACUGAGGGAGGAGGAGAAGGAGAGGUUGCAGAGGCUGCGGGUUCAAAUCAGAGCAGAGACAGAGGAGGAGGAGAGGAAACUCAGGGAGGAGAAGGAAUCUGUCCUGUGGGAUCUGAGGAGCUCUCUGGAGGCAGAGAGCGCCUCCGAGUCGAGGGAGCUGGUGGCCAGGAGGAGGGAGCGGCAGGACUCCCUGAGGAAGGAGGCGGAGGAGGCAGUGAGUGAGGAGAGGCGCUGGCUGGAGGCUGAGAGAGAGAGGCAGCUGGAGCAACUGAGGAGCACCCACGAGAAGCAGAGGAAAGAGGAGCUCCAGGCUCUGGAGAAGCAGCAUUCCCAGGAGCUGCAGCAGCUGAGGGAGACGGCCCAGGAGAAGCACAGCAAGGUGAUCAGCAGCUUGCAGAAGCAGAUCUCAGAGGCUCAGAGCAGCGAGGAGGAGCAGCUGCAGAGAGACCUGCUAAAGGCUCAGCAGAAAAUACAGCAAGCAGCCGAGUACAAGAGGGAGGUGAGUGAACUCACUGACACAUACACUGAAAGAGACAGGUGAGUGAACUACAGAGAC